GGAGAAGAUGGGGCCCAUCAGCGCUGCUUGGAUGUGGAUCUUGCUCUCCCUGCCCGUCAUCGUCCACGCUCGCAGGCCUGAGUCAUGGCGCCUAUUCUUUGCUAUGCAGCCACUCAGCACACCGGAAAUGCCACUCAGGCAAGGGAUUCAUCGGCUCAGGCUGGCUGUCGACUCUCACUCGUUAGCUGUGGAAGACGCCGCAGAGAACGGCGGCAGCCCUGAAGACAAGUUCCCGCCCGGCCCGUGGACCACACCGAUGCACUCUUACGCCACGACGUAUGCCGAGGAGGGGCGCAACCUCACCGACAGGGUGGCGCCGCGUGACGACACAAGCUUUCCCCGUCUCGAGUACUCGGAGAUCUAUCACAGCGGCAUCAAGGAAGCCUUUCGGUGGCAACAGAACCGGGAGGCUGUCUAUAUCUACGUUCCCCUUCCGCAAGGCACCACAAAGAGAGACCUGGAUGUCGACUUGGAGGUGCAUCCAUACAGCCUGAGGCUCUGCUUGAAUGGCGACACCAUCAUUGACGACUCGCUGAGCGAGCGGGUGAGGUGUGACGGGGUGUUCUGGACGCUGGACGAGGAGCAGCCGCUGGGCACGUUCCUCACCGUGUCCAUGGAGAAGAAACUGCCCUACCAGAACUGGCAGGUAGGUCGCAACGAUGUCAGUCGUUCGUUGCACUCAGUGCGUGUUGGAUUGGUUACUGCAGAAACUGCUUGAAAGCGACCCGACGCCUGAGCUGGAAGAAGGGGAGAGGGAAAGGGAGAGUGGGUCAGAGCAGAGCGGUGUGGGUGAUCCCGUUGCAAGUGCUGUAGCGAGACUGAGUGGUGUGGAAGGGGCCGUAUCAGCUGACGCACAUGAGGUGCCACCCUGAUGGUUGUGGCGCUAUGUGGUAGAGACAGUGUGUGGAUGAGCAUAUAUGAUGUUAGACGUUUGUUUUAUUUGCCGUCAGUCAGUGCAUGGAUGUGAGGACUCCGCAAGCAGAAGAAGGU